CCCAAGCGUCACGUGACCCUGCUUGGAGACGAAAUGGAGCUCCUCUCGCCGACGCGUCUCCCUCAGUCGGUCAUGAAGGCGCGGGAGGAGCCGCUUGUUGCUGCUGCUUCUUCUUCCUCGUCGCCUUCACGCAGGAACUGAGGUCUCCGCCUUCCUCUCCUUCGUUCUUCCUGAGGAGAGAAUCCCCCUCAGGGAAGAUGUGGCUGUGUGGCUUGGCGCUGCUGCUGGGCCUAAGCGUGGAGUGGGGCGUCGAGGCCUCUUGGGGCAAACGGAGCGGCACUUACUGGUUGGACGACGCGGCGGGGCCCACGAGGGAGUUCGACGGCGUCGGCGCGGUCAGCGGAGGAGGGGCAACUUCCCGACUUCUUGUGAAUUAUCCAGAGCCUUACCGCUCUCAGAUUUUAGAUUAUCUUUUUAAGCCAAACUUUGGUGCUGCUUUGCAAAUCCUCAAAGUCGAAAUCGGAGGGGAUGCACAGUCUACAGAUGGAACUGAACCAUCACAUAUGCACUAUGAGAAUGAUGAGAAUUAUUUCCGGGGCUAUGAAUGGUGGCUAAUGAAAGAGGCAAAAAUGAGGAACCCUGAUAUUAAAUUAAUUGGUUUGCCCUGGGCUUUUCCAGGAUGGAUUGGAAAAGGUGAGAAUUGGCCCUACAAGUAUCCAGAUGUCACUGCUUAUUAUAUUGUCUCCUGGAUAGCCGGUGCCAAAAAAUUUCACAGUUUGGACAUCGACUAUGUCGGGAUUUGGAAUGAGCGUUCUUUUGACAGCAAGUAUAUUAAGCUUUUGAGAUACACUUUGGAUAAACAAGAGCUUCAACACGUGAAGAUCAUAGCCAGCGAUAACCUCUGGGAGCCAAUUUCCUUUCUUGUGCUGCUCGACUCCGAGCUGCGUGAAGCAGUCAAUAUUAUUGGGGCUCAUUAUCCAGGAACAACAACUGUGCUUACGGCCUUGCAGACUCACAAGAAACUUUGGUCUUCAGAAGAUUACAGCACCUUCAACAAUGAACUGGGUGCAGGUUGCUGGGCUCGAAUCCUGAAUCAAAACUUUGUGAAUGGGAACAUGACAGCUACUAUUGCUUGGAAUUUAGUGGCCAGUUACUAUGAGGAGUUGCCUUUUGGCCGGAGUGGUCUAAUGACAGCACAAGAACCUUGGAGUGGACAUUACACUGUGAGUCCUCCCAUAUGGAUCACAGCACACACAACCCAGUUCACACUACCGGGUUGGCAGUACCUGCAAGUGGAUGGGCAUCUGGAAGGAGGUGGCAGCUUUGUUGCUCUGACUGAUGGGCAAGGCAAUCUUACUAUCAUCAUUGAAACACUGACCCACGGCCACUCAAAGUGCAUCAGACCACCUCUGUUUCCAUUCAUUGUGACGCCCCAGAAAGCAACUUUCCACCUCAAAGGAUCCUUUAGCAAAUUACAGGCCCUUCAGAUGUGGUAUUCUAAGAUGGAAUUUUCAUCUUCAAAUUCUACCUUGUUCCAGUCUCUUGGUCCUAUAAAGGUCUGUGAAGGGGUAUUAACACUCAGCCUGGGUCUGGAUGAGAUCUAUACUUUGACAACACUGACAACAGGCCAUAAAGGCUCUUUCGAAGAUCCUCCCCCAUCUCAGCCUUUUCCAUCAAAAUACCAAGAUGAUUUCAAUAUUCGUAAUCCACCUUUUAGUGAGGCACCAAACUUUGCUGACCAAACUGGGGUGUUUGAGUACUUUGUAAACACUUCCGAUCCAGGUGAACACACCUAUACUCUCCGACAAGUGGUGACUCAGAGACCGGUAACUUGGGUCGCCGAUGCAGAGAAUACUAUCAGCGUUUUAGGCAAUUACAAAUGGGUAAAUCUAACAAUAACAAGUGACAUUUACAUAGAAUCAGAAAAAGGAGGUGCAUUUAUAGCAGGAAGAGUGGACAAAGCUGGAAUUUAUAUUGGAGGUGCCAAAGGAGUUUUCUUCUGGGUCCUUCCAGAUGGCACAUAUCGAGUUACAGAUGACCUCAAUGGUAACAAUAUCCUGAUGAAAGGACUGUCUGGCGUGCGGGCUAAAGCAUGGCAUACACUCACUCUGAUUCUUACGGGUUCCAAUGCCUCUGGCAUGUUAAAUGGCUAUCCACUCUGGGAGAACGUUACUGUGAACUCUCCAGAAAAUGGCUGGGCAGCGAUUGGGACACGCUCUUUUGAAUUUACUCAGUUUGACAACUUUCAAGUUAAGGCCAGUUGAGGCUUCUGUCACACAUGGUGAAGCCAAUCUUUGAACUAGAUCCAAGUAAAGCCUUCAAUGUUUGGUUUAUGUUUUUAAAUGACAUUGGUAGGGAAAUUUUGUUUCUUUCCUCCAACUUUUAACAAUGCAUCCAGCUUACCUCCAGUUAUACUUAUGUCUGUGUUGUUCCAAUUGGUUUUUUUCUUGAAAUUAUACUUUUAUCUCCUGGGCAGAAAGUAUUACUUUUACAAAGUCUAAUUUCUUUUCUUCUCUGUUUCUUUUGCAAGCUUUAAAUGAAACCACAGUGCAUUCCUAUUCUUUCAUUGGGUGAAAUUUUAAACUUUCUAGUAUGUAUGUACAUAGAGGCCUUACAAAACAGCUAUUUUGAAUACUUUCCAGUGAAGUCCGUUUCUUUCAGUAAGAUUCAGUUUACAGUAGGCACAUUAUUUCACUGAAGUUAUUAUGAAGUGAUGUGAAUUAAAGAUAUUUUACCACUUUUGUUUUGCAUCUGUUGUGAUAGAAUAAAGGACAUAAUAGAUAUAAUUGCCUUCUCCCAGGAAGUAAUAGAUUUCAGUCCUAGCCUUCUGAUGUCUUAAUUCAGCUUCCUGGAAAGGAAACCAGCUCAUGCCUAGAUAGCCUUAUUUUAAACUACCUCUUCUAUUCAAAGCAGUGUAGUCAAUAUGUUGAAAGUGCCUGUCAUUUAUUCUGAGGGUGGUAACCCCACAAGUCACACUGCCGGCUUUUUCUUCUUCCUUUCCCUCCUUCCCUGCUAAAUGAAAGGAUUGCUGUGAAAAUUCAUGGUCACCUCACUCAUGAAAGUGUCCACAUACAAUCACUCCAAGAGUGCUCAUGAUCCUCGGCUCGACAGCCCACACUUUUGUGUGAGCAACAACCUCAAAACAGAUUAUAUAUAUAUCUAGGUGCCUCAGCUUUUCAUAAUGCUGGUGACACUACCCACGAGGAGGAAGUUUUUAGUAAAGCUACUCCUCUAUAUGUUAUCUUUUUAAGGAAAGGUAAUCUAGAGGGUGAAAAAAAACAAACAUUUUUCCCAUCACAGUUGCUUAAAUUUGGAUUAAUAAUCAGAAAAAAUGUCUUGCAUCCUAAAUCCCAUGAUUUAGUAGCUAAAUAGAUUUAUGAAGUUUUUAAUGUACAUUGAUAUGUAUCUUAUGUCAAAUUGGAUGUCUUAUGCUAAUACUGCUAUUGGUUCAAUGUGCCUGUCAGAUUAGAUUACAAAAAUAAAAAUAGAGAUUCUCAUUACCCACUAACUUCUUGGAUGUAAUGACAUGAUUGACUGCAUUUGAUCCAAAGACUAAAUAUUUUUUUACAUGUAUUUGCACUAGAAUAAAAAAGUUAUAUUUUUUGUGUUGUGUACUAAAUGUUAUUGUGAUAAUGAAUUCAGUUUCUUGUUAAUUUAUGAAAUAGUAGAUCUAAAACUGGUGUUUUAUAAGUGUGCUCACCAGGUUACACUGUAUUAUCCUUACUUGGUUCUUAACAAGCUUCCUUCAUGUUUGGGUGAAUGAUUAAUUGUGACUACUACAAGGCCUGCUGUUUCAGAUGACAAAAUAAAUGCUGUUCAAAAAUUUAA